AUGUUGUUAUUUUUAAAACAAUUCAAUAUAGAAUGGAGCAAGAUUGGUACAUUCUUUUUUGAUAGAUCCAUCAACUCAUUGAAGAAAAAGUAUAAGAAAUUGAAAAGAAAGAUUAAUCGUGCCAGAUUGGAAGGAGCAUAUGAUGCUUCAGAUGCAACAAAUUUUAUCAUUCAAUGGAGCGUCGAUGAUUUAACCUUUUCAGAAAUCACUAAUAUUAACACCUUUACCUCUACUGUAUCGAUAACUUUUCCUGAAACAUGGACCAAUUCUGACCAUUACCAGAAAAUGAUUAUGAAAAUUGGUCAAUUAAGUCCAUCCAAACCCUUACCAUUAAGACAAGCACAACCAUCAUCGAACAAGUCCAAUGUAUCAACGACUCCAGGAGAACCUUAUUCACAGUCGGAAGAGGAUUUAAUUGUGACAUCCUUGCGGAAGGGAAUGAAUUUGGAACAAAUUUACCGAGAUUACUUUAAACACCGAACAUUUCAGUCGCUGAAAAAUAAGGUUCGACGGUUAAGAAAAAGGCAACUCUAUCACAAACAACAACCAUCGAAGAAGAGAUUGAAUAAAAGAAGGAUGGUUCCCAAUUCCACUGUUUCAACUGAUUCAAAGGAGUUAAGAAAACCGUUUUGGCAUGAUGAUACGGUUGAUCGUUUGAACAAGAUUUGUCCCGUGUCAUGUUUUGCCAAGAAUGGUUUGAAAAUACCGACCCAAAAACCACCUCCGAGCAAGAAGGAAUUGGUAGAAAAAGUGUGGAGUAAAUCAGAAACUUGGAAAAAGACGCCAUGUAAGUGUGGAAAUUCCAAGUUUAAAAGGACAGUCUGCUCGUUCAACGGACGCAAGUUCGGGUCAGAAAAGAAGAAGCUUGUUCAGGAAUUCAAGGAAGUAUCUGCGUUGGAGGAGUCUUUAACAAUGCUUCAAGAGAACGGAGUGAAUUCAUCCACGACUGCUGAGAAUGAAGUGAGUUCAUCUGCGACUACUGUGAACGAAGUGAAUUCAUCCACUACUGCAGAGAAUGAAGUGAAUUCAUCUACGAUUGCUGAGAAUGGAGUGAGUUCAUCCACUACUGCUGAGAAUGGAGUGAGUUCAUCUAUGACUGCUGAGAAUGGAGUCAAUUCAUCCACUACUGCGGAAUCAAAGGAAAAAGCUGAUGACACUAUCGAGAAAUUGCUAAAACAAAUUUACACCUCCUUCUCAAUCUCAAACGAAGACAAUUAUUUUGUGAGAACAAAGAAAGUGAGAUUGAAACUCACCUCAGAACAAAAGAAGGUCUUUGAAAGAUUUUUCUUCAAUUCUAACCAUACUUAUAACGAAGCAUGUCUCCUUCAUUUCAUGUUAGAGCAAAACAAGGGAAAAACACUCCUUACCACCACAGAAGACGAUUACUUUAAAAUUUUGAAGAAUCCCCAAACCAACCUGAGAUUCAAACAAACUAGGUGGCUAUGGGAUCAAGAGUUGAAACAUUGUCCAGCAGAUAUUAAAUUGAACGCUGUGAAGGAUUUUGUCAAGGCUGAGAAAAUUACUAGAUAUAAAAACAAGCAAGCAGCAGAAAAGGAAUCCAAAGAGGCUGCUCGAAAGGCCAAAUCCAAAUUUCUUAAAGAUGUUCAAAAAGGAAAGAAGGAGAUGAUUACUGAUGAGGAAUUGAACGAAAGAUUUAAUCCCAAGCAUUUUACUCGACAACCUCGUGAAUUCGAAAUGAAAGGACGAAGCAAUCAACAUCCAUAUCAGUCGUUCAAGGUGACAAACAUUUCAUUAUCACAGGAAGGAGUGUUGUUAAAACCUACCUUUUUUAAAGGGAAUGAAAGUGCAUGUCCUUCCAAGAAAUCUACGGAUCAUCUUUUGAAAUUUUAUUAUCCUGCAAGAGCACGAAAGUGGUUAAAGGAAGAGAUUGACAACAAAAAAUUUUCACACGAGACAACCUUUGUAAGAGAAAGAGGAAGAUAUUUUGUUUGCCUUCCAGUCCGUUAUCACAAAGCUUUAACUCGACAAGAAUUCCAACGGUUUGAUAAAAGCUUUUACGAGUCCAAUUCGAACAGUGGAACUGAAUAUGACACGAAAUUUCUCAAGGACUGCCCACAACCUUCUCAAGAUGAACUCAGAAAGGAAUACAUUGCAUUGGAUCCAGGUGUUCGAUGCUUCAUGUAUGGUUAUGAUAGUAAUGGAGACGCGUUGGAGUUUGCCGCUCAAGGAGAAAACACCAUACUCUUUUCCCUUUCUCUAAAGCAAGAUCAGCUCAGGUCGGAAAUUGCCAAGAACAAAUUUCUAAAAUACAAUUCUCGGCAGGAACGAAAAUUUUAUAAGGGUUUAAGAAAAGCCUUAAAAAAGAAGAUUAGAAGACUGGAAAGCAAAAUUAGAAAUAAGGUGAAUGAUAUGCAUAACAAAAUUAUUGACUAUUUAACUUUCCACUAUUCUGAAAUUAUAAUACCUGAAUUUAAUGUCAAGGCCAUGAUUGCUAGAAAACAAAAACAAAGGAAGCGUCAAGGAAAAGAAGAUACCACGUGUCAAGUUAUAUACUAA